UACGAAGAUUGUUUCCAUGGGCCUAUCAUGGCUCUUACUGGCACAGCAAAUCCCAAAAACCAAAUGAAAAUUUGUACUUCGCUAUUGCUACACGACCCCUACAUGUCAAUUAACAGUUGCGUUAGAGAUAACCUGCAACUCGAAUUGAUAAGAAAGUCAACGUCAGUUAACAAUCUAACUGUGGGUGAAAUGAUUGGGGAAUGUCACAAUUCAGAAUGCGGUAUUGUGUACUGCUCUUCCCGAUUUGAAUGCGAAUCGCUUUCCUUUCAUCUUGUUAAAUCUUGUUUUACCGCCGCUACAUAUCAUGCCAGUUUUUCUGAUAUUGAGAGAGAAUUUUCACAGGGAAAUUGGAUGGCAGGACUGUGCCAGAUAAUUUGGGCUACUAGCGCUUUUGGAAUGGGCGUAAACAAACCCAAUUUGGAAUUUGUGUAUCAUCUCACCAUGCCAAGUUCGCUUAGUUACUAUUAUCAGGAAUGUGGAAGAGCAGGGCAAGAUGGGUCCCUUGCGUCAAGCGUGAUGUUUUACAAUUUCUCAAAUCUUCUCUUUUUUAAACGUUUAUCUGACGGUAUGGAAUAAAUUACUGUGAUUGUUGGGAAUAAAUCCCAACAAACGACGACGACAAGAUCCGGACGCCGCGUCUGCACACCGGCGCAUUUCUGCGACUUCUGCCUUGGGGGCCGCUGCUAGGUGGAACCAACUCCACUCAUUGUUUCCCGUCCUUUAAUUGUUUUACGCCCCAUUAAAAUUGCUGUAUUAAAGUAAAAAUUUAUCGU